AUGUUUUUUCUCACCAAACGAAGAGCCAGCACCCGAAAAACCAGCGACAAUGCCUUUCCUGCUGCCCAGCUUCUCCUGCUUGCACUCGUCCGAGUCGCAGAGCCGAUAGCUUUGACAAGCAUACUGCCCUACGCGUGGAAACUAGUCCUGAACUACGAGGUUUCAUCGGAGUCCAACGCGCCGUUCUUUGCUGGCCUGCUCAUCUCUGCAUUUUCACUGGCCGAAGCAUGUAGUGGAAUGGCUUGGGGGGCCUUGUCUGAUAGGAUAGGUCGCAAGCCUGUCGUCUUUAUAGGAUGCGCAGGUACCAUCACCUCUCUACUUCUUGUUGGUCUCGCACCCAACUUUUGGGUUGCUCUCGCUGGGAGAAUUGUAGGCGGCGCACUCAACGGCAACAUAGGCGUUAUCCAGACAAUGGUCGGUGAGCUGGUAAGAAAUCCGGAGCAUGAGCCAAGAGCUUAUGCUGUCAUGCCGUUUGUGUGGAGCAUUGGAACAAUCAUCGGCCCUUCCAUCGGGGGACUGUUUUCACAACCUGCGGACAACUUUCCAGCCAUGUUCAGUUCGACAGGUGUCUUCGCAAAGUUCCCAUAUCUUCUCCCCAACCUCAUCUGCUCUUCUUUACUUGUUCUGUCCAUGAUUAUGGCGUACUUCUUGCUAGAAGAGACGCAUCCCGACAAGCGACAGCAGGGCCACAUCGAAGGAGACCACACAGCUACCGCAAACACCCCUCUUCUUCCAGCUCAAGGGGCUACAGCUGACCCCCCAGCAAAUCUGACAUCUGAGUCGUAUGGUACUUUCAACGCCGUUGAAGUACAGCAUGAUGAGAUGUGGCGGGUUCGAUCGAAUGGCGACUGGGUCGAGCAGCCAACGAGCGAGAAGGUCUUUACGAAGACUGUGAUUACGUUCGUGAUUGCUUUGUCAAUCUUCACGUACCACAGCAUGACCUACGACCAUCUUCUACCCAUCUUCCUCCAAGACAAGCGGGCCGACGACGUCCACGCCCAGGAGCUAUCGUCUGGGGCCUUGGGCGGAGGAUUAGGACUAUCGACACAGCAAGUUGGGCUGAUCCUGUCUAUUAAUGGAGUCAUACAACUUGCUAUCCAGGCUCUUGUCUUUCCGAUCCUGGCAGAUUUCUUCGGAGUUUGGCGGCUUCUCCUCUUAGUCACAAUCGCCCAUCCGGUCGCCUACAUCAUUGUACCCUUUCUUCAAUUGUUGCCGCCAAGCAUUGUCUACCCGGGGCUAUUCACUGCGUUGAGCGUGCGAAACUUCACUUCCAUUCUUGCCUUUCCUCUUCUGCUCAUCAUGAUCAAAGAGGCGGCACCUGACAAAUCGCACCUCGGCAAGAUCAACGGCCUUGCUGCAUCCACGGGAGCUGCUUGUCGAAGCGUCGCAAGCCCGAUCGCUGGGCUGCUGUAUGGCUUGUCCAUUGAGAUCCGAUUUACGCCGCUAGCCUGGUGGGCAUCAGCUCUUGUCGCACUGGUUGGCGCGUUGCAGGUUCCGUUCAUGAACCGUGCAGCCAAUAAUUGCCAUGCUCGUGUUCGCACGGUUUUCAAAAAACAGUCUCAAGACGAGACCGUUCACAUCACGGUUGAAGAUUGA